CCUGCCUUGAUUGUUCUAUGGGUAGAUAAAAAAGUACACAUACACUCCAUAUAAUAAUCGGAUGCAUGUAAAAGAGUCGGGGAGGCUUCGACAUGUCGACCACGGGUCCCAUAACUAAUUAUUAUGUGGACUCCUUGAUCAGCCAUGAAAACGAGGAUGUCCUUGCUGCAACUCGCUUCUCGGCACCCGGUUCGCACCCAGCCGGCCCUCGUCCUCCGUCUCUAGUACCGGAGUGCGCCGACUAUCCUUCCUGCAGCUUCGCACCCAAGCCUCCCGUCUUCUCCACCUCCUGGGCCCCCGUCCACUCCCAGUCUUCAGUGGUUUACCAUCCAUACAGUCAUCAACCUCACUUAGGCACAGACUCGAGGUACAUGCGCUCAUGGCUGGAGCCGAUAUCAGGCGCGGUGCCUUUCCACGGCUACCCGGGGAACAGCAGGCAUUAUGGGCUCAAGCCCGACGCCUUCCAGGAGCACAGAGCCGGAGAGUGCCUUGGCUCCGGAGGACGGACCUACACGGAUUAUCUGUACUGUUCCUCCACUGACAUGCGGGACAAGACGCAGCAGAAUGUCCCCUCUCCCGAGUCGGAGCUGCUGGCUUCAGGGAAACAUAAAGACGAGAAGCCGGAGCUAGAUCCGAAUAACCCUGUUGCAAAUUGGAUACACGCCCGAUCCACUAGGAAGAAGCGCUGUCCUUACACAAAGUACCAGACUCUGGAACUGGAAAAGGAGUUUUUGUUCAAUAUGUACCUAACGAGAGACCGUCGGUUCGAGGUCGCGAGGGUCCUGAAUCUGACGGAGAGGCAGGUCAAAAUCUGGUUUCAGAACCGGCGAAUGAAGAUGAAGAAAAUGAACAAAGAAAAGAGCGACAGCAAAGAACAAUAAUAAUCAAAAUGGGACUGCUGCAGAGAGAAAACCAACACUAAUAACCACUAAGUCACAUGGACAGCACAGAUAUCCCUCCUUAUCUUCAUAUUUAUCCAUUCGUUGGAUUUUUGUAUUAACCUUCUAACUCUGAGACUGUUUAGUUGAUUUCCAGAGCACAUUUUUUGGGGUGUUAUAGAGAAAGAGAAAAUCUUCUAGAAGAUAAUUACAUUCUUUCACUUGGAAAAAACUCCAUGUUUUCUUUUCUUCUUUAUUUGUUAAAGCAGUUAUACACGUUGCAGUUUGGACACUUUGAAACUGUCUGAAGAAAGAUGAUACUUGAAUUCUUUUGAAUUUCACAAAACCAUAAUUUAUGAUGUGAAUGUUUUAAUUUCCUUUGUACGCUGUUGUGCAGGUGUAGUAUUUUGUACAGAACCAGAACAUCUGCGCUCGGACUCGCCUGUCUUGUAUUUUUUUUUUGUGAUAGUUGUUGCUGUAUUUGUGCAUUUCUUCUUUUUUGAUUGUAGCGAG